UGUGAGGGAGGAACUGAGUGUGAGGGAGGGAGUGAAUGAGUGUGUGUGUGUGUGGGUUUGAGCUUGAGGGAGGGAGAGUGUGUGUGAAGGAGGAAGUGUGUAUGUGUGUGCGGGAGGGAGAGUGUGUGUGUGUGAGGGAGUGCCUGUAUCUGUGAGGGAGGCAGUGUGUGUGUGUGUGUGUGAGGGAGGGAGUGCGAGUAUCUGUGCGUGAGGAAGGGAAGGGAGUGUGUGCGAAGGAGGGAGCGAAUGAGUGUGUGCCUGGGUGUCUCUGGGAGGGAGGGAGAGCGGCCGCCGCCGCCGCCGCCGGAUCGGUUUCUCGGGGUUUGACCAGCUGUCCCAGGCUAACCCUCUGCUCUCUGAAGAUGGAGGAAGUAAAAACAGGAUUACCCUUAGCUACGGCUCCUCCGCCGCCUUAGUCCCCCCACAGCCAACUGCCGUGCACAAACACACCUCCACUGGGCAGAGGGAGCCGACACUAAUAAACACACAAACAAAAGGGGGAUGGAACUGACUCACUGCCUGCGCGGCUGAGCACUGCACUUUGACUAUGGAAGCAGAGGCUGUUGAUGGAUAUAUUACAUGUGACAAUGACUAUUCGCCUGAAAGGGAGCACUGUGGCAUGGCCAUCGACCUCACCUCCAGCACUCCCAAUGGGCAGCACACCUCCCCCUGUCACAUGGCAGGCACAAAUUCAGUAAAGCUAGAAAUGCAAAGUGAUGAGGAAUUUGACAGGAAGCCCCUGAUUCAUGAAGAUAUUAUCAGAGCUCACGAUGAAGGAAGCAGCCUGGAAGAGCCCUUCAUUGGGAGUAACGAGAUGGUGGAUAACAGAAAGAUCCAGGAGCUAUCAAGCGAUGGAGGAAUCCGGCUUCCCAAUGGUAAACUGAAAUGUGACGUCUGUGGCAUGGUUUGCAUUGGGCCCAAUGUGCUAAUGGUACAUAAAAGGAGCCACACUGGUGAACGCCCCUUCCACUGUAACCAAUGUGGAGCUUCUUUUACCCAGAAGGGGAACCUGCUGAGGCACAUCAAGUUGCACUCUGGGGAGAAACCGUUCAAAUGUCCCUUCUGUAGCUACGCCUGCCGGCGGAGGGACGCCCUCACAGGACACCUCAGGACACACUCUGUGGGGAAGCCUCACAAGUGCAACUACUGCGGCCGCAGCUACAAGCAGCGCAGUUCUCUGGAGGAGCACAAGGAACGCUGCCACAACUAUCUGCAGAAUGUCAGUCUGGAGGCUGCCGGGCAGGUCAUGAGUCACCAUGUACCUGCUCUGGAAGAUUGUAAGGAACAAGAGCCUGUGAUGGACAACAAUAUUUCUGUGGUGCCUUUUGAGAGACCUGCUGUUAUAGAGAAGCUGACAAGCAACAUGGGAAAGCGUAAGAGCUCCACCCCACAGAAGUUUGUGGGUGAAAAGUUCAUGAGGUUUGGCUAUCCAGAUAUCCCCUUUGAUAUGAACAUAAGCUAUGAGAAGGAGGCUGAGCUGAUGCAGUCUCACAUGAUGGACCAAGCCAUCACCAAUGCAAUCACCUACCUUGGAGCUGAGGCGCUUCACCCCCUGAUGCAGCACACACCGAGCACAAUCGCAGAGGUGGCCCCGGUCAUCAGCUCAGCUUACGCUCAGGUCUAUCAUCCCAGCAGGAUGGAGAGGCCCAUCAGCAGGGAUACAGCCGACAGCCACGAGAUCAACAUGGAUGGCCCCAUCUCCCUCAUCAGACCAAAGAGUCGAAUCCAGGAUAGAGAGGGCUCCCCCAGCAAUAGCUGCCUGGAUUCCACUGACUCAGACAGCAGCCACGACGACCGCCAGUCCUACCCAGGAAACGCUGCCUUAACCCCCAAGAUAAAGCCAAACCCGGCUUAUGUGAAGGAGGAGGCCAAGCCUUUGGAUGUCACAAAAGCUUCUAAGGGCUCUUUAAAGGAUAUGUACAAGGUGAUCAACGGAGAAGGGGAGCAGAUUAGGGCUUUCAAGUGCGAGCACUGUCGCGUCCUCUUCCUGGACCAUGUCAUGUACACCAUCCACAUGGGCUGCCAUGGCUACCGGGACCCACUGGAGUGCAACAUCUGUGGCUACCGGAGCCAGGACCGCUAUGAGUUCUCGUCGCACAUAGUCCGGGGGGAGCACACAUUCCGCUAGGCCUUCUCAUCCAAAGGGGACUCGUAUGAAGUAGAAGAACUGCACAUGAAGAAAUACUGCACUUACAAUCCCACUUUUCCUCAGACAUUGAGACGCCUAUUUUGUUGUUGUUGCUGUUGUUGUUGCUGUUGUUUAAUUAUUAUUAUUAACCUUAUUUUUUGUGGACCCAACCUCAUUCGCUCUGCCCAGCUUAAGAAUGGAAAGAAGGAAGGGAAUGGGUUAAAAGAGGGGUUUGUUGUGGCCAUCACUUUUUGGAGAAUGAGCCACCUUGCUUUCUGUGGGAAUUGGAAGGCAGUCUGUGUCUGUCUCAGUCAGUUGUACACCAUGUCCUCUUUUGGGAUAUCGCUCAACCCCACCAGGUGCUUUCAAGUCCCAACAAGAUGCCACUCAUUUACAAUUUCAGAGGAACAGGUAGAAACAUUUCAGCGGAGAGCCUUUUUCUAGUGUGUAGAUACGGUGCAAGCUUUUGGUGGCUGGAGGAAAGGGGGGGAACUUUGUUCUGCAGAAUGAACAAAUAUUUUUAAAGCAAAACUGWUAGGGAAUUUGGAGCAUGAAUCAAAGUCAAUAUUCCUUUCAAAAUUACUUUCAGGGGUGAGCUGUUUUCCUGGGUUCAGUGUGUACUGCCCCUCUAGAAUGUAAAUAAAUUAAAAAAAAAAGAAAUGUAUGUCUUAACACUGUACCACRUUACAGCAGUUUAGUUUCAUAAGUCUGAGGGCCUUCUGUGGUAAGUCUGAGGCUUUGUAUUUUUAUUUUCCUUAACUWAUGAAGCACCUUUUUUUAGAAUUGUUGAUAUUCUGUUACUUCAGGCCUAUGUGUUGUCUCACUGGCUUCUUAGAGACCCUUGGAAACCUUACUUCUUUAGUUGCACCCUAAAUUUUACGAAUGAGCAUUUAGAAAUAACAUUCAUACUUGCUCCUAGGACAGUAAGUGGCCUAGGAGUGGGUGAGUGUCUGUAGUUUACUCAAGAGGUUCUGCUGCUCUUCUAAAAUACUUUCAAUUUAAAAUUAUGGAUUUAAAAAUGACAAAAGUACUAGUAGCGAAGUGUUCUUUAAAUAUAGGUUAUAUAGAUAUAUCAUUAUGUAAAUACUUUCUCAUUCUACUGUCACAGUGUUAACCUCUUGGCAACAGCCUAAACUAAGACUUGCAGCUGGGAAAGCGUUAGGAGCCAGAUCUUGGCCAGCAUUUAUCCUCUUGGCUCCAUUAAAUUUAAUGGAACUGCCCCAACUACUUCAGCUACAUCAGGAUCCACACCUUGCCUGUUUUUUCUCUUGUUGACAUCUUCCUUGUUAAUUUGCUGAGCUACUGAUUUCCUUUCGUUUGUGUUCAUCAAUUCUGCUUUAGGGGUGGAAGCGUUAGCAGGUUUUGCUGGAUAGCCUUUGCUCCUGGAGAGCACAGWAGCCCUGCAAACCAACAGGUCACAAAUGACCUUCCCUACUUCUUCAGAAAGUGAUAAGCAGAGAUGUAGCUGCUGUGUAUUGAUUUGGACUUACAGAUUUCAUUUUUAUUCCUAAUUCAUUAAUUUCYCUAUAGGGAAAGUAAGUGGAGAAACACUCCAGGGCAAGUCCUUGACCUGCAGACUGGACAAGAAAACAAGUCCACUGAUCUGCUUUGUUUCCUUUUUUUCUCUCUCAGUAAAUAACAAAGCCAGCAACCACCCAGCAAGUUGCAUCAGUGAAAACUGGGCUUAAACCUACAGGACAGAUUGCCAUUGAAACCCAACUGUUUGUACCAAUCACAAUUGAAAUGUUGUUGUUUGGCAACAAGAGCACAGCUUGAGAAUGGAAAGAUCUGCAUGGGUUUAACCCCCUCCAUGCACACGGUCUCCAUGYGCUUGGGGAGACCUUUUCCAAGGGAUAAAGUUACUAAAGUAUAAAAGAGAGAGCAAGAUCAGGCCAUAAUGAAUUCCCAUCUGCUCCCUCCAAUCUGUGCACUCRAUACAUAUGCCAGUUUGCUGUUCGUUUUGAGGGUACUGGGUUUUUUUUUCUUCUUCUCUUCCUAGACCUGGAGCAUUUGAGAAUAGGAGCUGAGUGGUAUUGAUUGAAAUCUUUUUAUGGUGACAUUCUUGGCAGCUAGAACCUGUGUUUAGAAAGGAUACAGUAGAUCAUGGMCAGAUUACCUGAUGACUGCUUCCCAGCACUGCAAUGCUAUUAAGUAGGAGCUGGUAAAGUCUUGCACUAGCCUAUUAAUUAUAAUACAAUAUGGAGAGAAAUGUCAUCUUGUGUAAUGUGAGACCUAUUAAGGCUGGGAAUAUGCAGGUUUUGGAGAGACAGAUUUAAAGAUCUAUUCCCAACAUUGUUCUUAAUGUCGUUGGGCUCCUCCCCCUCCUUCUUUCUUCACCCUAAUGUAGAGGAAACUGGGGCAAAUGCAGCAGUGCCGUCCUCUGGACCGUUCUCAUUGUCUUGUGCCUGGUGCAGUCAAAGGAGUUUGUGCAGGAGCAAAGCAGGGAGAUGCUGGAGGGCAUCGCUUUUAUUCUGUGUGGCUGAUUCUCUGCAGUUAGGGAGGUGGGCUUAGGAGGCGGCCGGCCAUGCUUUGUGUCAGGACGUGCCUGGAAAUUCAGAAAAGAAAGAAAAAAAGGGUUGUGAUUUGCUGAAGCAGGAAAGGUCUUUUAAGAACAAGGUGGAAUGGGAAAGGUUCUGGGCCUGAGGGUCGCUGGGCUURCCUGGGCCUCCAGAAAAACACGUGCCCAAGCCAGAGAGAAAGGUUGCCGGCAAAUCCUUUCAGUCUCUGGGGGCAACACUCCGUUCUCCCCUCUGUGGUCAGUGAAAGAACAUGGGCUGUGGUUUCUUGGAAUAGUUAGCACUAGGGAAAAAGUGUUUAAAAUUUCUGCCUUUGUUUGGGAAAGCACCAGAAUACGGGAAAGGUAGAGAAUCUCUUGUGUAUCCACAAAUCAGUUGGCUGCAAUUAUAUCUGCAGUUCGUUAGCGUGCACUUUGGUUCGCUGAUGACUCGCUGAUACCUCCUGUAGGGUAUUCUGCAGAUGGUUAAAGGAUCAGAUGGGGAGGCCUGCUGAUUUUGGACCUGGCAUCAGUUAAGCCCAGCUUCUUGAUCUAAUGGUAGGAGGUGAGAUCUGUAUGUCCUGGUGUCACAGGCUCRAGGCACUGGGGAGUUAUCUUACAAAAUUACAUUUUUUGGAGAGGAAGAAGCUUGAGGGGUCUCACUAAUUUUGAUCAUCAGUGUCCUUAUCUGAACAUUCACUGAAGAUUUUCAUCUAAGAGUUAGAGAAAGGAGAAAGAUUAAAUUCUAGUUCAAAUUUUGAACAAAAUUUUAGAUUAACAUAUACUUGAGAAUUCAGUUCCUACUAAAAAAUAUUAGAGAGCUUUAUSUCAUACAAUUUGUCCCUUCACAAAAGCAUGCAAAACAGGGCAGCAGAGUUUUCUUUGGGUGUUUUUUCUUGCUUGCUCUCUGCAAGAAUUGGAUUUCUAAGAAAAGCUCUUGAGUUUCGUCGAGCUCAUUAGUCAUUCAUAGUGUACUAGGAAUUUCAGUAGCUAAUCCUUGGCCUCCAAAUCCGUUUGUUCUGAGUAUUUGGUGCUGGAAAUCGAACCUGGCUGAUUUUUAUUGGACUCUCUUGAAAUUCUUGGAAUCAGGUUUCCAGUUAGAAACACGCAUUUGCAAAUUUAGAAUUGGCUUCCUGUGAGCAUUCCCCAUUUUCAUUAAGAAGAAAAAAAAAAAUUUCUGUGCACAUCCCUGCCAGUAAACCCUUUUACAUCAAAAAUGGCAAUAUUCUGAUUCAGUUUAGAGGAUUAUAAGCCUAUUAAUUGAAAUAGAAUUGUGACUGCUUAUUCUGCUCUUGGUAUGAUCCAUAUCGUUGGAGUGAAGGGCAUUAUCUAUAUAUCUGCAGUUAUGGCUGAUGAAUUUUACAGCCACCUCUCUUUGUAAUCAGUUACGAGUGCACAUCAAAAUGUAUUGCAUCUUUCAGUAAAGGUAGCUCUUUACUCAGUAACUUAUGGGAUUAAAACAAUUUUAUUCUCCUUAAAAAGUGCUUUCAUCUAUGAUGUGGUGUGAAGUCCAAUCUGUAUUGGACUGUGUUAGAGAGGAAGAUUUGAAAUGGGGUAAUUGGCCUGAUUUUUGGUGGUUCUGGUUUCUACAAUGUGAGGACCUAAAGUAUGUUUAUUGUGAGGUGAAGAAAUUUUCAAUUGUCAGAGUUUCCAAAUUUCUUUCUGUUUACAAGGGCUUUCCUGAGUUUUCGCUGUCAGGCAGGAGGUCAGUAAUGAAACCCAACCCUUCAAAACUGGGCUUUCAUGGAAAAUUAUUACUGUUGCCCAGGUCCUGAGCUAGCUUGUUCUGAUUUGAAAGAGGCCAGACAGCAGACACUCCUUCCUUCAGAAAGAAACUUUGGAGAAAAUUGCAGCAAAGGUGCUUAUUUCAGCCAAGGGCAGGAGCUGCAGUAAUACAGCUCCUUCGCUUGAUAAAUUCCUUUCCUUAACUCUUGCUGUCCUUUAUAAUGUAAUGAGGGGGGAGGAGGGAGGCUGCCAGAGUUGCCUAAAGUCAGUGUGGGAUUUUAGGAAAAGGGUGAUGAAAUUGGCUUUUGUGCUAGUAAUUUGCAUCUUAGCUUGGCUUAGUAGCAUUUAAAAACAAAAAUGGAUGGCCYGUGGUCUGGGGCAGCUGGACAGCUUGAGAAAGUAUAUUUAUAUAUAUAUGGUAUUGUGUAGUUAGAUAUAUGCUUUAUUGUAUAUGUGCCUUUUCAAAUGCAUUUUGGGAGAUUGUGAUGUCGUUCAUGAUAUCCUGCCAGUCCCUUUCAGAAUGCACCAACCCAAAGGAAACAUCCCUUCUGCUCUGCCCCCUGCUUGGCAGCUUGACCGGGAGAGAGGACCCUGUUGGUACUUUGCUGUGAGAUUUCCUGGAGUCAGCUGGCUGUURGGAGUGGGAAGGGCUGAAAAUUACCCUAGCGAAGUGCAUUCCAGCUGUCCAGCCAGAGCCGGUCUGUAGCUGGUCCCAGGGAGCUCGGUGUCCCCAGCGUGAUGCCAACACUGCCACAGGAGCCCCCAGCGGAACCGUGCCCUACAGAGAGCCAGGGAAAAGCUCCUGUUUUCUCACCUCAGCGCUUUAAGUGAAGCACCUUUGGAAAAGGACUUUAAAUUCCCACUUAGGACCGGGAGCAGUCUUUAAAGCACUUGCUUCUUGCUUCAGCCUGGAAAAAUAAACGUGGCAAGUCCUUUGGAAGUGGUUUGCAAGUUUUCCUGUCGUGCUGCUGCCACUGCAGGGAGUGGCACAGAGACAGAGAAGCUCAUCAGUAGGAGGUGCUCAGGGGGUUCAUGAGCUGGAGCAUUGUGGUGAUGAGCAGGGUGCYGGUUCUGGGACUUUCCCAGCGGGUUGGUGACCUGGUUUCAGGUGCAGUUGUUCCCCCUGCAGGGCUGCAGUGCUGAGUGUGCCAGCGCAGAUGAGGUGGGAGGAUCGCUGUGGGCAAGGGGGCURGGCCAGCAGGCUUUGGGCAGACCCUGAGCCCAGCAACAGCCCAGAGGCACCUCCUCAGCACCGCUCUGCUGGGCCCAGGCCAUAGCAGCCACAGAGGCGCUGGUGAGGGGAGCAGUUAGGUAGAAAAGAGUUAGAAUUUGCUUCAUAAUAAAUAGAUUCCCAAUUAUCCCACUGAUGUGUUCUGAGGUGUGAGCAAAGGAGAAUAUCACUGCUUCCCAGUUUGGUUUCUUCCUUCAGCCCCACCUGAAAGGGUGGGUUGUGUCCUUCUCCUGAGGCUCUGAAAUGAGCAGAGGACAGUCAGGAGGAGRGGUGUGCUCAGGCUUUGCAUGCUUAACAAGCCAAGAAAACAAUAAAACAAGUCUCUAUUUUAUAUUCACCUACCUUCCCAGUUGAUUGUACAGAUUCUCAGUUCCUGUUUGCUUCCAGCCUUUGGAAAGAUGGUUAUCAGUGUGCAUCCUCAUCUUUGAAGAUCUCUCCCCUUCUGUACAAACGUCUCCUUUUCAUCUUGUGGCCUAAUUAAUUAGUGGACAGAAAUGACUAUUUCAACAGAGACUUCCACAGUUUUAGUAAAAACUGGUAUUAUUUACAGUUGUAAAAAAAACCCARACAACCAAACAAAAAAACUUKGCUUAGCAGUACGUGAAGUAAAUGAAGUUAAUCAGAUCAUGUCUUGAGAGGGRCUGGUACCAUGUGGACCCUGUUGGGAGGAAGGGAGCAGCCUGGCCUAGGCUGGGGCCAACGCUUUCUUCCCACAGCAGGUGUUGGUUUAGGCGACUGCACUGCAGCCCAGGAAAACAUUUGAGCACCAUCAGCCUCGCACCAUCCCUUGGGCUGGCUCUGGAAGUGCACAGGAGCAUUGGAGCUGAGCAUGUGUUUGCUCACCCCCAUUAGCUGUGAGGGCAGGGCCGUGGGGCAGCACAGCAGCUCUGGGCCAGCCUCGGUUGUUCCCGUAUUUUGUGUAGCAGCCUUAAUCCCUGGCGCUCGGCCAUUCGUGGUACCUGCAGCCUCCGGUCUGUGUCACCAGCCGGGAGAAAGGACGGAUGCCUCCCGUAAGGCAUGGGGGGAGCACGGCUCCUUACGGGCACACCGCUGGCAGUAAAUUGGGCCAUUUAGUUUUACCUCAAGUGACAUCGAGUAAGAAAAGCUUCUUGCAGGGGUGGAGGUCACUGAAUCCCUACUAUGCACUUACUGGGAUUUGACAUUGCUUACUGGAAAUGGAUGUUCGUUCCUGAACACGCUGUAACAAGGGAAGGACUUUUUUGGUUAUUUUUAUAGUCAUUCAGAUUCUGAAACUGUGAUCAAUUAUUUGACAGAUUGUCAAGUGUCCUCAGAGCUUGAACACGUUCACUUCCUCACCAUGUAGCAGUCUUCUCUGGCUUUCUGUGCUUUUCUUUUUCCCCUUUUUCCUUCUUGGAGCUUUAAGUCUGGGCCUGCUCUUAUCUCCUGUAGCUUUGGGCUGUAUAGGGGUUUGGGGGGUUGUUUUUUGGAUUUUUUUUUUUUUGUUCAU